AUGCAAAAUUUGGAUGUCAUCCCUGUAGGUUACGUGGCAAUAGAUUCUCCUUCAGCAACCGUGGUUAGGAUAGUUCACAUCUCGGAUACUCAUCUGGAACAUAGCCUGCUGACACCCCCACACCAAAUCAAUGGCAAUGUCUCCACCUACCGCAGCAGCCUCCCUGAUAAUCACAAUUAUAUGCUUGAUGAGAACAGUAGAGAGGUCUUUGACAGUUCAAGUCAGUUUCUGGAGAUGCCCGAUGAUGUCUUUCACAAAGGUGAGGCAUUGUUGCACAGCUCACGCCGCAGUAGAUUAAACGAUUAUGAGGUUCCUUAUGGGGAUGUCCUUGUGCAUUCUGGAGAUUUUGAUUGGUCAAAGCAUUCUGGUGGAAUCUUCAGAUCGGACAAUUUUGAGGAGAUCGUUCAGUUGAUGAAUGAUUUCUUCGAGAGAUUUCCUCACAAGUUAAAACUGUUUGUUGCUGGCAACCAUGAGGCUUGUCUCGAAGGAAAGAAAUUGCAGACUGUUCAAGAAAGACUUACUUCGGCUGUCUAUCUGUUAAAUUCAUCAAUUAUUUACGAGGGCAUCCACUUCUAUGGAACACCCUACAGCCCAUUCAGGUGGAUGACCAAUGCACGAGGUUUUCUGUGCACUUCAGGGAAGAUCGCCAUGCACUGGAGGCAGAUACCUUCACGGACAGAUGUCCUAAUUACUCAUUCGCCCCCACGGGGGAUACUAGAUCUUGGUGUCACCUGGAGCGCCAGAAAGGUGCCUGGACUCUCCGAAGCAUUCUCCCGUGUGACCCCAAACCAGCCUUGUGAAACUUGUGGAAUCGUCCACCCUGGUCGGACUCACUGGGGCUGCUCCAAGCUCAGGGAUGAAGUUAUUCUCAGAAUCAGGCCAACCCUCCAUCUCUUUGGGCAUGUCCAUGAAGGAAAUGGUGUUGUCAACAAGAAAGGAAUCACUUUUUCAAAUUCAUCUUAUGCCUACAUUAAGAGACCUCAUGUCUUUGACUUUUACCCAGCUUGUUGA